GACGCCCCCUCCUUCCUCUCUCUCUCUCUCUCUCUUCAUUUUUGCGAACUCAAUAAUCACUCUCUCUCUCCAACCCUCCUCCUCCUCCUCCUCCUCCUCGUCACUUUUUCCUGAAUCGAUCGAAGGUUUCUUCGUCAUCUUGCUCGAUUGUACGUCUCGAUAGGGUUUCGAAUCCCUCGGAGGCCUCCGCCGAUCCUUCUUCCCACCAGUUUUUUCCACCUCCCUUCGAGCGAUGUCGCUGCGACCUAGCGCGAGGACGGAGGUCCGCCGGAACCGCUACAAGGUGGCGGUGGACGCGGACGAGGGGCGGCGGAGGCGGGAGGACAACAUGGUGGAGAUCCGGAAGAGCCGCAGGGAGGAGAGCUUGCUGAAGAAGCGUCGCGAGGGGCUUCAGGCGCAGCAAUCGGCUCCUUCGCUUCACUCUUCUGCCGUCGAAAAGAAGUUGGAAAAUCUACCUUCCAUGGUUGCUGGUGUAUGGAGCAAUGAAAAACCUAUGCAACUUGAAGCAACUACGCAGUUUAGAAAGCUACUUUCAAUAGAGCGUAGCCCACCUAUUGAGGAGGUGAUUCAAUCGGGUGUUGUUCCUCGCUUUGUUGAGUUUCUCAUGAGGGAGGACUUCCCUCAACUUCAGUUCGAAGCAGCUUGGGCACUGACCAACAUUGCUUCCGGUACAUCCGAGAAUACCAAGGUGGUUAUUGAUCAUGGGGCUGUUCCUAUAUUCGUGAAACUUCUUGGUUCUCCCAGUGAUGAUGUGCGUGAGCAGGCUGUUUGGGCUCUGGGAAAUGUGGCUGGCGAUUCUCCCAAAUGCCGUGACCUUGUUCUUUCAAACGGUGCGUUACUUCCAUUGCUGGCACAAUUGAAUGAGCACGCAAAGCUUUCUAUGCUGAGAAAUGCGACCUGGACACUUUCUAACUUCUGUAGAGGGAAGCCACAACCACCUUUUGAGCAGGUUAAGCCUGCACUUCCAGCCCUUGCGCAUCUUAUCCAUUCGACUGAUGAAGAGGUUUUGACGGAUGCUUGUUGGGCUCUGUCAUACCUUUCUGAUGGCACAAAUGAUAAAAUCCAAGCUGUGAUUGAAGCUGGUGUAUGUCCUCGUCUUGUGGAACUACUGCUCCACCCAUCUCCAUCUGUUCUGAUUCCUGCCCUUCGCACGGUUGGAAAUAUCGUCACUGGAGAUGAUUUGCAAACCCAGUGUGUCAUCGACCAUCAAGCACUCCCCUGCCUUCUGAACCUGUUGACUGGUAAUUAUAAGAAGAGCAUCAAGAAAGAAGCUUGCUGGACCAUCUCAAAUAUUACAGCCGGUAAUAAGGAACAGAUACAGGCAGUCAUCGAGGCUAAUAUUAUUGGUCCAAUGGUACAACUACUUCAAAAUGCUGAAUUCGAUAUAAAGAAGGAGGCUGCAUGGGCAAUCUCAAAUGCCACAUCUGGUGGUUCUCACGAACAAAUCAAGUUCCUAGUAAGUCAAGGAUGUGUCAAGCCCUUAUGUGAUCUUCUCAUCUGCCCUGAUCCGAGGAUUGUGACAGUUUGUCUAGAGGGUUUGGAGAAUAUCUUGAAGGUAGGAGAAGCUGAGAAAAAUCUUGGCAACACUGGUGAUGUAAAUGUCUAUGCUCAGAUGGUCGAAGAUGUGGAGGGUUUGGAGAAAAUCGAGAGCUUACAAUCCCAUGACAACAAUGAGAUAUAUGAGAAGGCAGUAAAGAUUCUUGAAGCAUACUGGUUGGAAGAAGAUGACGAUACAAUGCCGCCAGGUGAUGCCUCUCAACCGGAUAUGCAAUUUGGAGGGAACGAUCUGCCUCCCGUACCAUCAGGUGGAUAUAAGUUUGGUUAGAGGACUAAAGUUGGGUUCUGGUCGGUUACGCCUCGAGUCUGGGUCAUGGUUGAGUCGAGUCUGGGUCAUGGUUGAGUCGAGUCUGGGUCAUGGUCGAGUCGAGUCAAGUCUAAGGGGCAAGAUCGAGGGGUUGCUUCAAUUAGCCUCAGGUUCCGAGUUUCUGGAAGCAGGUGAGAGAAGUUGGAUAUUGCGCUCCUUAUUGAAUGAUUCUUCUCGGAUAUAGUAACACAUGGGAUUAUUGGGGGCAGCAAGUCAUCCCCGACAAGCAUUGUCAUACAUAAAGCGCCACCAGAGUGCAUGUUUUUCGUGGCCAUCACAGGAAAGGUUUCAAUGUCAUAUAUUCUAGGGUCUUCCACCUAUCUAGUUAUGUGCUAUAUGUCUAUAUCCUUUUGUGUUCUGUCGGAGCAAUGAGUUCCUUGAUUCAUUUUUCUUUUUAUGAGAUUGUUUUGGUUGGGUCUUAAUUAGGAACUCGAGGUUGCCUUGCAAUUUCUUCUGUGGUUUCUUAGCAUCGUUAUAUCGAUGCAUAGUUUUUUAUCAAGCGAAUGAUGCUCGUGCCUGGAAAAUUUGAUUUUCUGUCCCUCUUUAUAUAUGGUCAUCUCCUCUUA